CACCACUGGCCUACAGAUAUCACUCGAACGCAACUCGGGAUCAGUUUGUCGCGCUCCAUCGUCCAAAGUGGUCGCAUCAAAUACCAGAGUAAUUUUCUACGCGAGCAGUCAAUCAUGAGGAUCAAUUCCAUCGUUCCCAACUUUAGCGCGGACUCCACCAAGGGUCCCAUCGACUUCUACGAGUGGCAAGGAAAUUCAUGGGUGGUGUUGUUCUCCCACCCUGCCGAUUUCACGCCGGUUUGCACCACAGAGCUGGGCCGUUUGGCGGUCCAUCAGCCUCAUUUCGAACGCCGGAACACGAAACUUUUGGCCCAUUCUGUGGACAAGCUGCAGGACCACGUAGACUGGGUGAACGAUAUUAAAUCUUACUGCCGAGACAUUCCCGGCUCCUUCCCUUAUCCAAUCAUCGCCGACCACGAUCGCACCUUGGCGGUCAAAUUGGACAUGAUCGACGAAGCGGGCAAAGACGACCCAGAAAACGCAAUGACGGUUCGCGCAUUGUACAUCAUCAGUCCCGAUCAUCGUCUGCGUUUGUCGAUGCAUUAUCCGACAUCCACCGGUCGCAACGUCGAUGAGAUACUCCGUAUCAUCGACUCGCUACAGCUGGUCGACAGAAAGCCAGAAAUUGCGACCCCUGCUAACUGGGUGCCUGGCGAGAAAGUGAUGAUCCUACCGACUGUAAAAGACGAGGAACUGCCUAAGCUCUUCCCAGGUGGUGUGGACAAAGUAACGAUGCCUUCUGGGAAAGUCUACGUGCGUACAACCACGGAUUAUUAAGCAAUGACCGCAAA